UUUUUUCAGCUCACGUUUCGACAUAGAAAACCUAAAGCGGGGAAAGAAAAAAAUAUUAAAUGCGUGGAAGUCGUCGAAUACGGGCUUAAAUUUUCCGUUUUUCUAUGGAUCCGAAUUCAGCUCGGUGAUCUGAACAUUUUAAGCUCUUACUCGAAGGUUGCCGUUGGAAAUUUCGCCGGUUUUGAGACGAAAUUCAAAACGUACUGUGAGAUCGUAGUUCAAAGCCUCUGUGACGAGCCGGGCCUUGUUGAGAACGUUUUGAGCUGUUUUUGAAGCUCGCCGUGGAAAAUUUUGGCCGUAUUGAACCUUAAUUUGGAAAGCCGGGGUAGAUCAUACUUUCGGAGCUUUGUGAAAUAUUUUCAUUGAUUAGACAGGCUUAUGUUGAGUUUUCUCAAGAAUUUUGCCUUUGGAUCGGGUUUUCUACGACUCCAGACGGGUUCUUUAAGGAGAUUAUCUGGGUGAGAGUUUUUUCCAGAUUUCCGAGGCUGCUUAAGCGGAUAAAUUCGCGUAUUUCGAGAUUAGAACCGCUAUUUUGGCAUUUGUAAAGAAGUUUCGUUUUAUUUCGCUUUUCUUCUUGUGAAAUUCCGCGCAAAUUGGAGAGAUCUAGGGAUUGCAGUGGAAAGAUGGAGAAUAUUGAGGGGAACAAUGAAAAGAGGAGCUCAGAAGGUUAAAGGAGGGUCAAUCAUUUGUUUGGUUUUGAAAGGAAGGAAAAAAAUUGGCGAAGAUGCAAGGCUAUGCAUGGACGGCAGAGUGAAGAGCGACAACGAAAGCGGCACAUGUGGCCUGUCCCUGCUCUUGCUACAGUCGGUGAUUCUUCCAAGUCUCUUUCUAAGGAUGGCCGUAAAAUCAGUACUGGAGAUUGUGCACUCUUUCAAGCUGGAAAUGCACCGCCUUUCAUUGGGAUUAUUCGAUGCUUGACAGAAGACAAGGAAGGUCAGGUCAAGCUAGGUGUAAACUGGUUAUAUCGACCAGCAGAUGUUAAGCUAGGGAAGGGGGUUUUCCUUGAAGCGGCACCAAACGAGGUUUUCUAUUCAUUCCACAAGGAUGAGAUAUCAGCUGCUUCGUUGCUUCAUCCAUGUAAAGUCGCAUUUCUUAGGAAGGGUAUUGAGCUUCCUUCAGGUGUAUCCUCAUUUGUAUGUAGGAGAGUUUAUGACACUACAAACAAAUGUUUAUGGUGGUUAACUGAUCAAGACUAUACUGAUGAACGUCAAUCUGAAGUAGAUCAGUUAUUGGAUAAGACUAGACACGAAAUGCAUGCAGUAAUUCAAUCUGGAGGGCCCUCCCCUAAAGAGAAUGGUAUGUCAUCAACCUUGAAGACUGGUUCAGAUAAUGUGCAAAAUGGCUCGUUUCCUUCUCAAGUUAAGGGUAAAAAGAGGGAGCGCUCUGAUCACAAUACAGAUCCUGUGAAACGGGAGCGAUUAUCAAGGUCAGAUGCCAGUGAGCCAGGGCAUAUCAAACUAGAUUGCAGCACUAGACCAGAAGGCAUUGCAAAAAUCACUAACAAAGAUGGGAGUCUUAUAAACCCAGAAUGUGUUGGACAGCUAGUGCAUCUCAUGCAGCUGGAUAGAAAUGAUGCCACUAAGAAAGGAAUUGAUUUGGCUUUAUGGCGUAAAGAGCUUGUAGGAGUGGUUGCAACCACUGAUCGAGAUGACUGCCUCAGCCAAUUUGUACAGCUCAGAGGCUUGCCUAUUUUGGAUGAUUGGCUUCAAGAGGCCCACAAAGGGAAGACUGGAGACAUUGGCAGCCCAAAAGAGAGUGAUAAAGUUGUUGAAGAACUUCUAAUAACAUUGCUACAUGCUCUUGGCAAACUGCCUGUUGAUCUUGAUGCAUUGAAGACUUGUAAUGUUGGGAAAUCGGUGAACCACUUGCGCAAUCAUAAGAAUGCAGACAUUCAGAAAAAGGCAAGGAAUUUAGUUGAUACAUGGAAGAAGCGUGUUGAUGAAGAAAUGAAGAUCAGUGAUACAAAGUCUGGAUCAAGCCAGGGUGUAUUAUUGCCUUGUAAGCAGGCACCAGGCGAAAUGUCUCAUGCACAUGCAGGUAGGCGUGGAGGACCUGCUGAAACUGUGAAAAGCUCAAUGCCAUUAAAUUCUAGUGUAAAAGCAGUCUCAAAUAGGUCAGUGCAGACAGAUAUUCUAUCAAGAACAGCAUCUGCCCCCUCUGCAUCUGUUAAGGUGUCAGGCUUGCAUUCAUCAACCAUCAGUUCCAAGGAUUCACACUGUAAGGAAGAGAAGAGUAGCAGUUCAAGUCAAUCUCAGAAUAACAGUCAAUCAUGGUCAAGUGAACCUGGAAAAGUUACAGGUUCAUCUUGGAAAGAGGAUGCCAGGAGUUCUACUGCAGGUUCUUUGAGUGCUAAGGGAUCAAGUACAGGUUCACGCCAUCGAAAAUCAAAUAAUUGUAUGGUGGGUUCUGGUAAGGGAGGAUCUCAUAAAGAAGCUGGUGGGGGGAAGGUAAAUGUAUUGGGCAAAAAUACAUGUGAAAAGACAUUGCAAUCUGGUCAUGCAACUGAUAAGGCAACAGAAAAUGGCCGUGGGGAUAAUGCAAGUAGUCAUAGAUUAAUAGUUAAACUUCCCAAUCCUGGACGGAAUCCUGCUCCAAGUGUCAAUGGUGGCACAACUGAGGACAUGGUCAUUUCGGCAAGUAGAGGGUCUUCUCCUAUCACUUCUGACAAACAUGAGACAAAUAAUGUGAAAACAAAAGUGAAGGUUGAGGUUUGUCAUGCUAGUACUGCCCUAGAGGUUAAUACUGAGUCCUGGCAGAGCAAUGAAGUUAAAGAUGGCUUCACAGAGGGUGAGGAUGGAGACAGAUUAUCCACUGGUAUUCCAAGUGAAGAUCGCAGUAGAAUAGGUGAAGAAAUUGAUAAAACAUCAGAAGCAUCUAAAACAACUCUAUCAUCAGCAUCAGCUAAAGAGAUCAUUUCAACAAAGGGUGUGGUUGAUGCAGAGAUAAGCAGGGCAUGUGAAAAAGUUCAAACAGUAGUAUCAGGGAGGAGCCGUGCACAUGUUUCUAAAGCAACUUGCAGAGAUGAUGGGGCUAUGAAGCUUCUGGCUAAUGUGGCGGCCUGUGAGCCAUCUAAGGAUGAGCAAGGUUCCUUUGGCAACUCUACAAGACGAGAGUUUAAAACAGUAGGUGGUAGUUUGGCUGAGUCUACAAUAAAGUGCUGUAUAGAUGGUCUGAAUUCUCAAGCUGUUGAUAAUGAAGAUGAUAAAAGUACCAUAGAUACAAAGGAAUUAAAGGAUUUUACUGACACAAAGGUCCAACUGGAUACUGAUAACAGUGAUUUUUCAGGCAAGUCUUCAACAAUUGGAAUGUCUGUUCAUCAGAAGAAUGCAUCUGAUCUCACGAAGGAUUUGGAAUGCCCUUCAUGUGUUCAAGAGGAUUCAAAACACACUUCUGAGAGCAUGGGCAUGGCUCCUGUCUCUGCUGGCAUGCUGUCUGAACAUAAAUAUGUUGCAGAUGGAAAGGAAGAAGUCUUAUCAUUAAACAAAGGUAUGGACCAAUGUACAGAACAGAUAGUGGGUCAAGAAGCAAAAGAGAUAAGUCAAGAUACACCAACAGAAGGAAUAAGGACAGGAAAGUCAAGUAAGAAUGAUGAUGAACAAGGAGCUCAACUACCUAUGGAAAUGGGUAAUGCUGAGGUUUGUUUGGACAAAGAUAUGACAGAGAAUACUGCAGAUGGUCAAAUGAUACCUUUGAAAGAGGAGUCAGGUGCAGUGACUACAGGUAAAUAUUCUAUAAAGGCAAGUAAUUGUGUUCUAGAUUUACAUAAAGGAACAUCAGAGCAUGCUCACCCGGUUGCAGAAAAGGUUGAGCAAGAAGCAGUUGCAGAUGAAAAAUCAACUGCAUAUAUAGAUAAUCAGGGUGUCAGUUUCUCCUGUAGCCUAAAAAACAACCAGACACAAGAUCUUGAACUGCAGGAUGCCAAACAAGUGCUGGACUCUGGAGUGGAGGAAGAUAAGAACAUGGAUGUUGAUACACAGCACCUUUCUAGCAUAAAAAGCACUGCAUCCGCAGAUGAUAAUCAAGCAAUUGUGACAGAAAAAGAGAAAAGCGUAGAGGUUGAAAAAACUGCAAAAAAUGCAGGUGGUGUAGAAGUAGAUGAGACAAAUAAUGUUCCAGCUGUGGUCGAUAGGAAAAUUACAGAGAUAAAUGCAAGAACAGAUUCAGGGUUGGACACCCAUGAAAGUCGAAGAGAGACUUGCAAUGAAGAGUUUGAGAUUGCCAAUCAUUCAACAGGCCUAGCAACCAAUACAACUAUCUCCUCAACAUUGAUUUUACAAGAAGAGCAGCAGAUUGAACACUCUACAAUACACAGUGCCCAAGCAAGUGAAUUAGAUGGGAUUGAAAAGAUUGCAACAGAAACAGUGAUUCCUGCAAAAGGGGUUUGUGAGGUCAGCAUCUCAAGUGUAAAAUGUGAUUUUGACUUAAAUGAAGGUUUUGCUGUCGAUGAAACAAAUCAAGAUGAUGCAGUUAUAUGUUCUACAGCUGCUUCUAUGGUUGUUCCUAUUUAUAGUGCUCCUGAAACACCUAUGUCAACCCCCAAUGGUUUGGCAACACCAAUUCCGGUGGCUAUUAAAGCAAAAGGACCUUUGAUGCCACCUGCUAGUCCUCUGCGGAGCAAUGGAGAUACAGGAUGGAGAGGAUCUGCUGCUACCAGUGCUUUCCGGCCUGCUGAACCUAGGAAAACACAGCACAUCCCUCAUGAAGUUCCUUCCUUAAAUGAUGCAGUCAGUUCAGCUAAUGGUACAAGUGGAAGUCAAAGUCGUUUCCAUUUGGAUAUUGAUCUUAAUGUGCCUGAUGAAGGAGUAGUGGAAGAUGGAUUGACAACUCAUUUAUCUGCACGAGUGAAAAGUUCAGAGCUUGCAACUGCUAGUGGUCAUGACUUUUUACCUUCAAGAAGAGAACCAUGUGUUAUUGCUGGGAGGCUCAAUUUAGAUUUGAAUCGAGUUGAAGAUUGUGAAGAAAAUGAUCCUGUUGUACCCAAUACUGUAGUUUUGGAUUCUUCUUUGAAAACUUUGGCAAAUGGCUUAUCUCACAAGGAAUCACAAUUUCCCAGGGGUUUUGACUUGAAUGAUGGGCCCAUCGAAGAUUCGGGAAUAGAACCUGCUCAAUGGAAUUCUGGCACAAAGAGUAAAGGGAACUCUUAUCUCCCAUCUAUACCUGGGUGGAAAAUGAAUAGUGAGUUGGUACAUGCAACAUCAUGGUUGCCCCCAGGAAAUGUCCAUUCAGGUCUUGCUGUCACCUCACUUCAUUCGGAUAGAAACGAACGGGCUUAUCCAGUUGUUGCCACAGGUACAACACAACAAAUUUUAAGCUCAACAUCUGGAUCUCCGUAUUGUAACGAUUCUUAUAAAGGGCCAGUACAUGGCUCCACUUCUGCUAUUGCAUAUCCAGCUGCAACACAACCAAUGUUCCCAUAUGGAGGAUUUUCAUUUGCUUCAAGUCUACCUUUUGCUGCAAAUCCUUUCUCAGGAGGGCCAACUUCAUAUGCAGAAUCGUCUGGAACUGCAUGCUUCCCAACAGUUUCCUCCCAAUUAGUCAGCGCAGGAGCACCUUCUUCGUGUGCAAGGCCUUAUAUGAUGAAUCCUGCUGAUAUGUCUGUGACAGAGGGAUCCCAUAAAUUGUCAAGACCAAUUCUUGAUCUAAAUGCAGGCCCUGGAACAAUUGAUUUAGAUGUUAGAGAGGAUAGAGUAGCUUCUAGGCAGUUUUCCAUUGCUGAUAGUCAGCCAUCACUGGAGCAGCAGCAAAGAGCAUUCUACCGGACAGCAGCUUCAGGAAUAACAUCUUCAAAGAGAAAAGAACCUGAAGGAGGUUGGGAUUUACAUUAAACUGGAUACGUACCACCUCAAUGGUAGUAGCCUUGCUUGCACUUGGUUCUGUAUUCUGUACCACAGAUGAAUUUGUCAUCUGUCACUAUUUCUGUGUGCUUUACAGGCAGUUUUCCCAUGGCUGUGAUUGGAAGGUGUUUGCAAUCCCCACAGCAUUAUAUUUGACUUGUAAAGCAGAACAAACAUAAUGGCAGAUACUCCACAUCUAAAGCAUCUUGCUUCUAAUGUUGGUUUACACUUUGCUUUGAGCUGCAUGCAUACCAAAGUUUACAAAUCUGAGAAUUAUCUUACACAAUCUCCCCCCAUGGACUGCUGCUGCUCUUGCCUGUGUUACAGUGGCAAAUGUUAAGAGUCUAGGCUCAUUGUAAUAUCUGUAAAUUUCAUAUCAAAAUCCUCUUUACUUGAUACA